ACACCCACUCUGUUGGUCUGCUGCAGCGUGGGGUGAGAAGCACACUCAGAGUGGACCGGACAGGUCAGGACGGAUCUGAAGGGGACUUCCACACCAUGCUGCCUUCUUCCAGCUUUCAUUUCACACGCAGAAAGUUUCCCCCCGGCACGAGUAUUUAGACACUCCGCGUGGAUUUUAUUGGAAUACUUUCCAUUUUCUUCAGUGUUUUUUUUUCUCCACGGCUUUUGGAUCAAACAUGUUGACCAGUUUCUCCCAGUCGCCGGACUGGCUGAGCUCCGAGCCCUUCAUGUUUGAGGACGUGCAAAACUUAAUGAAGGAGCUGGACUACCUUCCGACGCCCCCCCAGUCCCCCCCCAUGAAGGCCGGCCAGGGGGCCGGGAAGCCGCUGUCUAAGGAGGACCAGCUGAGCUACGUGUCGGACAUCCUGCUGGAGGACCAGGACCUCCAGCUCCUCAACUGGACCUGUGACUUCUUCAACUCGGACUCUGCAGAGAAGGAGGGCGACUCCUGCCUGCCGUGCUCCCCCCUGGACGAGGCCACCGAGGACACCCUGUGGCAGUGCCUGUCUGACAGGAACCUGGAGGAGAAGCUGGUGUCGACGGUGCUGGGCUCCAGCCCGCUGCUCUCAGACAUCGACACCAGCAUCUUUGAGGACAUUGUGGGCUCCACUCUGAACUGCCAGGACCUGAUCGGUGCUCAGGAGCAGCAGAGCGAGGCCACCUCAGACUAUGGGUCCGCCGGCGGGGAGAUGUCCAUGUCUUCAUCCAGUGAUUCUGAAGAAGAAAUCGACGUGGUGUCUGUGGGGUCCUCCAGCCCGUCCCCUCUGCCCGAGCCCUCCGCCCGCAAGCUGAACCCGGAGGAGGAGCAGCGAGCCAUCCAGCUGCAGCACAACUACGCCGCCCCCUGCCCGGCGUCGCCGCCGCCCUCGUCAACUUACUCCCACAAGCGUUCCCGAGGGAGCGACGGUUCCUCCCGCUUCCACCACGCCACCCGCAGCUUCACCUCGUCAUCCUCUCACUCCUCCCUGUCGCGGUACCACUGCUCCUCCAGGAGCUCGACGGAGACGGAGGACGAGGAGGAGCGGCGGCGAACCCACAAUGUGAUGGAGCGGCAGAGGCGCAACGAGCUGAAGAACUGCUUCAUGCGGCUGCGGGAUAACGUGCCAGAGCUGUCGCACAACGACAAGGCGUCCAAGGUGGUGAUCCUGAAGAAGGCCAGGGACUGCAUCUGCGGCCUGGAGAGCGAGAGCCACAGGCUGCGAGCCAGGAAGGACAAGCUGAGAGCGAGGCAGGAGGAGCUGAAAGCCCGGCUGGCGCAGCUGCGGCGGUAAUGGACCACCAGGGGGGCGGGGACUAUAGACUGAAGCCCCACCAGCCUCUGGAGCACAGACGCUCAGAACACACUCGUUGCCUCAGAAGCCAUCCUUUAUGCCUGGACUGCUGACUGU